AUGGAUGGGGCUUGCUUACCAAAUCAGGUCCGACAGCCAAUUGCGGAUCAACGAGAACGCGCGUACGAAAGUUCCGGAGAAGGUAGCUGGUACAUGUUCCAUCUAGACAUGCAGCGCAUUAUGUAUUUGACGAAGAUUGGCUGCAUGGCACGCUUUAUGAAUCAUUGCUGUGGUCCGAACGCGUACGCGAAAAUUAUUUCGGUUGACGCUGAAAUUAGUGGGUUAGGUCAGGACCGCAAGAUUGUGGUGUUUGCAAAUCGCGACAUUUCCGCUGGGGAAGAGAUAACGUAUGGUACAAUUGGCAAUUGGAAUUCCGGAAGGUGA